AUGGCUGCAAAAGGUGGAAGGAAGAAUCUGAAGAGGGCUGUUAAUGAUGAGACAUUAAGUCUUCAACCAGGACAAAGCAUAAUGCAAGUUGUUUCUCUUCGAGGUUCCAAUCUAAUUGAGAUAAUUGAUGCCAAAGGAGCCAAAGCUUUGGCGAUUUUCCCAGCUAAAUUUCAGAAAAGCAUGUGGAUAAAACGAGGUAGUUUUGUGGUGGUUGAUGAUAGUGGGAGAGAAGAGGCUGUUGAGUCUGGAAGAAAAGUAGCUUGUGUUGUUCUUCAAGUCCUUUUUCAUGAACAAGUUAGAGUGUUACAAAAGUCUCCAGAAUGGCCAGAUAUAUUUAAAACAGCCAUAGUAGACACCUCUAAUGGAAAGUCUGAGAAAAGAACACAGGAAAAUGAGGAGUUGGAGUCUAGUGAAGAUGAUGGGAUGCCACCAUUGGAAGCCAACACAAACAGAAGACCUGCAGAAUUGCGCUCAGAUACAGAGUCUGAUUCUGAGAUAGAAGAUUUUUAAGCUGUGUAAUUAUUAUGCUACUAUCAUGAUUCUUGUUUUCUUCUUUAUUGAUUAUUACAGUUUUGAUCUCUUUUCUUAACUACCAAAAUAGAAUGAUUUUGAGGAACGCUUCUCUUUGCAUGCUGUUUUCUUCAUUUUGCAGCAUGGUGCAAGGUUAUGGGAGGGUCACCAAAGUCAAACAUAGCAUUUUUAGAGUUUUAACACUACAAAUUCUUCUAUUUAUAAUCGACAUUUUGCAUAAUCUAAAGCAUAGUUCAACUUACGGAAUAGAUUAAAGGUGGAAGCAUUUUCAAUUUUAUGGUUAAUUUCAAUUUAAUUGAGAAAAAAGAUGACAAGCAUCCUAAAAAAUCUACAUGUCGUCACUU